CAGAAUGAAACGUCAUCCGAGAGCUCCAGGCUCUGGAUAAAAGUAAAAGCGAGCUGAGCCCAGAGGAGUCUCAUCACCCCAUGGCCUUGUGUACGCUGACCAGUGCUCUGCGCUCUCUGAGCCUGGCAUCCCCGGCCAUUACCGCCCGGGUUCCGACUCCACUCUCUGCUGCCCAGAUACUGAACAAUGUCCUCUUUCAACUGCCCUCUGCCUUGGUGUUGCCAUUUCGCCGACCACUGCAUUUGUCUGUGGACUGCAACGCCAACCUUGUGUCCUGGAAGAGUCGUACCAAGUACACAGUUAAACCGGUGAAGAUGAGGAAGUCUGGAGGUCGAGACCAUACAGGCCGCAUCCGAGUCCAUGGUAUUGGUGGGGGCCACAAGCAGAAUUAUCGAAUGAUUGACUUUCUACGGUUCCGGCCAGAGAAGGAAACUGAGCCAGAACCCUUUGAGGAGAAGGUCAUCGUGGUCCGCUAUGAUCCCUGUAGGUCUGCAGACAUAGCUCUGGUUGCUGGGGGCAGCCGGAAACGUUGGAUCAUUGCCACAGAAAACAUGAAGGCCGGAGAUACAAUCCUGAACUCUAACCGUAUAGGCAGAAUGGCAGUGGCUGCUCAUGAAGGGGAUGCACACCCUCUCGGGGCAUUGCCCGUGGGAACCCUCAUCAACAAUGUAGAAAGUCAGCCUGGCCGAGGAGCCCAGUAUAUCCGAGCUGCAGGGACAUGUGGUGUGCUGCUUCGAAAGGUGAAUGGAACAGCCGUUAUCCAGCUGCCCUCCAAGAGGCAAAUGCAGGUGCUGGAGUCAUGCACUGCAACUGUAGGCCGAGUUUCCAACGUCAAUCAUAACCAGCGGAUCAUCGGCAAGGCAGGACGGAACCGCUGGCUGGGCAAGAGGCCAGACAGUGGGCUGUGGCAUCGCAAGGGAGGCUGGGCCGGCCGAAAAAUUCGGCCACUGCCCCCCAUGAAGAGUUACGUGAAGCUGCCCUCCGCUGCUGCCCAAAGCUGAUAACCCUGGACUCUAAUAAAAUGCCCCUCAUUUUUA